AUGGAACACUUCGAUAUACCUCACCUUAAUACGUCUGUUUACAUUUGGUUCUUUAACAAAGUUACGAAUUUAACUCAAAUUAGAUCAUCAUUAAUAGAAGCAAGCAAGUUAAAUGAAUCUGACCCUAAUACAAUUCAUGAGCGUAAUCGAUUAGAUUGGUGUUUCUUAAAUCCAAAGAUGAUCACAUCCUCUCAACAUUUAAACACCGCUAUCUAUCAAGCUUUAUUAGCACGAUCUCAUCAUCAACUUAAGACCAAAACAAUAUAUUCCGAGAUCAUGUGGACUCUCUCUCCUGGUACAAAUAUCACAGAUUCGAUCAAAAAGUUCGGUAUAGAUCCUAAAUCCGAUAAAUUAAUCCUAAUUAAAAUCACCAAGAAAUCAGAAGAAGAAAAGAAAUCAGAAGAAUCCAUCAAACUAAAUCAAUUAGCUCUUGAAUUGAUUCAAGGUUCAUUAAUUUCUAUCAAUCAAAUCAAAUCAUUAGGUACAGAUUGGAAUGAAGUUUGUAAGGUUUAUAAACUUAAUGAAGAUUUAGUGAUUAAAGAAUAUCAGAAAAAUUUAAAGAAUGGUAUAAGUCAAGAAGAUGAUUUGUAUGAAAUUAUUGAUCGGAUCGUUACUUCUACUGUUGCUUUUAAAUCGGUGGCUGGAUGA